AAGCAAAUAUCAAAACGCAUUUUGCCAAGCAAGAGGUUGACGGAGUGUGUGUUACUGAAAGAAUUUAAUUAAAAUAUUAUAUUUUCCUCCAAUAAUGAACUUGAGGACGUUUAGAUAGUUACAGUUUUACAAUACAAUCGUGUAGUGUAAAUAUUUUCAUUAAAUUACGUCAAUAAUUUCAAGAUGACGACCCCAGGAGCCUCGAGUUCAUCGUCCUCUGUACAAGAAUUCAAAAUCAGAGUGCCCAAGAAUGUAAAGAAGAAGUAUCACGUGAUGAGGUUCAACGCCACACUCAACGUGGACUUUGCCAAGUGGACACACGUCAAAAUGGAGAGGGAGAAUAACAUAAGGGAGUUCAAAGGGAUAGAGGAAGAUAUGCCCAAGUUUGGUGCAGGAUCUGAGUAUGGGCGCGACAUGCGAGAGGAGGCGAGGCGGAAGAAGUUCGGCAUCAUCUCCAGGAAGUACAAGCCUGAAGAUCAACCGUGGAUACUUAAAGUUGGUGGAAAGACGGGCAAGAAGUUCAAAGGAAUCCGAGAAGGUGGCGUCUCAGAGAACGCGGCGUAUUAUGUGUUCACGCAUGCGGCCGACGGCGCCAUUGACGCAUACCCGCUGCAGGAAUGGUAUAAUUUCCAACCCAUACAAAGAUAUAAAGCACUGUCGGCAGAAGAGGCGGAACAAGAGUUUGGAAGACGUAACAAAGUGAUCAACUACUUCUCGCUCAUGUUGCGCAAACGCAUGUGUGGUGACAACGCGGCGGAGGAGGGCGAGGACCCCGACGAGAAGAAAACUAAAAACGCUAAGGCUAAGAAAGAUCUGAAGAUAUCAGAAAUGGACGAAUGGAUAGACUCUGACGACGACUCUUCAGACUCGGAAGGCGGUGAGAAAGAAAAGGAAGACGAAGAAGCCGCCGCUAAAAAGAAAAAGAACAAAAAAGCUUUAAACAACAAGAAAAAGAAGAAAGUAGAAGACGAAGCGUUCGAAGAGAGUGACGACGGAGACGAGGAGGGAAGAGAAAGAGACUACAUUUCAGACUCAUCGGACAGUGAGUCAGACCAUGAGACUAAAACUAACAAGGAACUGAAGGGAGUUGCAGAAGAAGAUGCACUAAGGAAACUUCUGACAUCGGAUGAGGACAGUGAAGAAGACCAAGAGCAGAAGCAGGAGUCGGAGCAAGAGGACGAGCCCACUAAAGAGGGAGAAGAACGAGCUAGCAAGCUCACGAAGAAGAAGAAGAAACCAGACGAGACUAAGAAAGAUUCAAGCAGCGAAUUCAGUUCAGAUUCAGACACUGACCCAGAAAGCAGCACCAAGAAACCAAAGAAGGCCAAGAAUGGAACCGACAAAAAUGCUGGUGGUGCGAGCGGGACGGGUAGCGCCAACACGUCGCGCGCGGGCACGCCCACGCCUUCGGCCGCCAUGGCCGCCGUGGCUGCGGCCAACGCUGCCAACGCCAACCAACCCCCCUCCAAGCGACCUAAACUCGACCCCUCUUACACCGAGUGCGGCGUGACCGAGGAAGCAGUGCGCCGGUACCUGGCUCGCAAACCCAUGACCACCACGGAGCUGCUCACCAAGUUCAAGUCCAAGCGCACCGGCGUCAGCUCGGAGCGGCUGGUGGAGACCAUGACCCAGAUCCUCAAGCGGAUCAACCCGGUCAAGCAGAACAUCAACGGCAAGAUGUAUCUCAGUAUCAAACCCUCGUGAUAGUACAUGUGAUAGUCUGAGAGCCGGCAUUAGAAAUGUACUUCUCAUCAAAAAAUC